AUGAGAGCUGCUUUCAUGAAAAAAUAUGACUUUCUUUCGUUCAGUGAGUUUGCUAAUGAAAGCACCCUAAAAGAAGUAAAGAGAGAAAUCACUUGUAAUGACAGUACUUCAACUAUUACACCAUCGACUAGCAACAUCAAUCAAGGACUUCCAGAUAAUAGUGGUAUGUAUACUAAAUUCAUACGUGAAUAUAUAUCUUAUAGGAUCUCCUGA